AUGUUCGGGCGGUUCUUCAUACCCGAAGACCAUAUCUUUUAUCGGUCGCCGUCCGGCCUGUCCGCCGCAUUCGUGAACCUCCGGCCGAUCGUCCCCGGGCAUGUGCUGGUGGUACCGCAGCGGGUAGUCGACAGGGAGAAGGAGCUGGAUGAGGAGGAGUCCCUGGACUUGUGGAAGACAGUGCGAGAAGUGGGUCAUAGGGUGGAGGAGGAGUACAAGGCCUCAGCGCUGAACAUCGCUGUGCAAGACGGGAAGGCUGCCGGGCAGUCUGUCCCUCAUGUUCACUUUCACAUCCUGCCGAGGGCGGUCGGGGACUUCGAGAGGAACGACGACGUGUACGACAAGAUCGAGGAGUUUGAUGCUCGUCCAACGAAGCUGCACGUGCCGGAAGAUUCAGAGCGGAAGGACAGGACGUUCGAGGAGAUGAAGGAGGAGGCAGGGAGGCUGAGGAGGUUGUUUGCGGUGAAUACAUAA